CGACCUCCUCCAUCCACCACCUCCACAGUGGCCGGCUCUUUGUUUUCGUCUCUUUAUUAAGCAGCAGCAGACAGCAGCAACCUGAAGCCAUAAAGCCCAGAAAAGAAACAACAACAGCAAAAAACACGUACAAUUUGUUUCAUUUCUCUCCACGACUCGACCCGAACCACUCGAAAUUCAACUCCCAUUUAAUUUAGUGGCAUCGCUCCCUUGUUAAGACUUUUUUUUAAACCCCCCCACCAUCUCUCUCUCUUAUAAAUAUCGCCUGCUUCUCGCCGUCUUGUCCCGUGUGUCGCCUCUCCUCCUCCUGCCUCUUGUCGCACUCACCAAAGAGAGCCGACGCCAAUGGGCGAUAGGAUGUCGAGCCGGGACCUUGAGCGGGAGGCGAGCCACGCCGGCAGCUGGUACUCGGCCUCCGGCUCACAGCUGUCAAGCCAGCUGGAGGGCUGGCUUUCCCAGGCGCAGGCCACCCGCCGGCCUGCAAGAGCCAUCAUUGCACCGCACGCCGGCUACUCGUAUUGCGGAUCGUGUGCAGCUCACGCCUAUACACAGGUGGACCCUGCUCAAACGAAACGAGUGUUCAUUCUGGGACCAUCCCACCACGUACACCUGUCGGGAUGCGCACUCUCCUCUGUCUCCAUCUACAAAACGCCCAUCUACAACCUCCGCAUUGACCAGAAGAUUUACUCGGAGCUGUCCCAGACAGGCAUGUUUGAGAAGAUGAGCGUGGAGGUGGAUGAGGAUGAACACAGCAUUGAAAUGCAUCUGCCUUACAUUGCCAAGGUCAUGGAGAGCCGACGGGAUGAUUUCACCAUUGUGCCAGUCCUGGUGGGUUCUCUUAACGAGUCUCGUGAGUGUGAGUACGGGAGACUUUUCAGCAAGUACCUCGAUGACCCAAGCAACCUGUUUGUCUUCUCCUCCGACUUCUGUCACUGGGGCCAGCGGUUUCGUUACACUUACUACGACGAGUCUCAAGGAGAGAUCCACAAAUCGAUCGAGUACAUUGACAAGAUGGGUAUGGACAUUAUUGAGCAGCUUGACCCCGCAGCUUUCAGCAGUUACCUGAAGAAGUACCGAAAUACGAUAUGUGGACGACAUCCCAUCGGGGUCAUGCUGAACGCGGUUGCGGAGCUCCGGAACAAAGGCGCGAGUUUGUCCUUCAAUUUCCUGAACUACGCGCAGUCGAGCCACUGCCGCAAGUUCCAGGACAGCUCCGUGAGCUAUGCAGCCGGUGCGCUGCAGGCGUCGUGAAGGCGCUCGUACGUGACCCAGGCCACCGUGCAGUGGCAUCGCCGGCCGAGGCCCUCGCUCACUUUUUCUCCAUCCGGCUCGGCUUUUUGGCGGUGCUGCUCUGACCCGUCCGACCAUCGACCGAAUACGUUGCACUUGGCUUUUUCUCUCUCGCCCGUGUGCGUGUGUCAGUCGGAGAUUCGCGUGGGUCUUGAAAGGUUUGACAUUGGUAGCAGGAGUUGUUUGCAGUGCCCAGACGCGUCGCUGCAGUAUUGAAGAAGGCUGUUCGCCGCUACUGAUUGCAAUCCAAAGGCAGACUUUAGACUGGUUGCUGUGAUGUGUUGUUGCCUCGAUGUUCUCUGCUUUUGUGAGGUUUAUUUUUUCCUUUUAAUUGCUUUGGUGUGUGGAUGUUUUUAAUGUCUGAACUAUUUACUCAAGCUUAAAUAAUACCAUGCUCUUGCAGAAGGGAAAUACAAUCUUUUACGGUGUAUAAAGCUUGUUAUUUCUCGACAAUUUCACUGCUCCUAACUGCUAACCAAAUAUAUUCAGACAGCAGUUUACAUUGUGGCUUUGUAUCGUAGAUAUAAACAUAUUAACAAGUGUUUAGGUAAUUUUAUGAUGCAGAAGUAUUAAGCCGUGGUGGUAUUGUAAAAUUGUUGCUUGUAAGGCUUUAUGCACAAAGAGAUGGGGAAAAUAAAAUGCAAUGGGAAUGCAUCGAUUGCAAACUGUCUCUAUAUUACAAAUUUCACUUUAAAGGUAACUUUCCUGCACUGGCAAAAACUUAACAUAUGAUGCACGUUUACAUUACAGGUUAACAGCUGGAUUUGAGAAGCAUGCAGAUGCAUUUUUGUCACAUGAUUGAAGUUUGUGGCCUGUACAAUCCCCUUGCAGAUGCUGCUGUGUAAAUGCUAGGAACUGGAUGAAACGUGGUUUUCAGCAGUGCGGUACUGGUGUUGUAAAAUGUUGGCUCAUUUGUACUGAAGUUGUGCGUGACGGUCAUGACCCCUCACCAAUACAGUGUAAUGGUGCGAAAAGGUCUGACCCGUGGGUUGACGGGCAUAUGUGGAAACGUGGGUGAUAUAAACGUUAUCGUUGCUCGCUGUGUUGGCGGAUGCGUGCAUUGCCCAUCUCGCACAGCCCCUGUGGAUUCGUAUCCAUUGCACAAGCUCAAGAAUAGGAUGAGAAGGGUUUUUUCUCCAAUCCAAGCUUAUGUUCACUUUCUUUUGUGCUUUGAGGACUUCCCCGCGAGACUGAGUGACGUGUUCUCUGGGAGUCUUUGGAUAAUCUGUGCAGGUCAUGCUGCUCAGUGGAGUCCAUUUUCAUCCUUGAGACUUCGUCUCAUUUUAUAGAACAAUGCUGCAUGCAGCACGUGUACUUAAGUCGACUUUUGUCCGAUCUGCCAUCCGCUCUUUAACAUCGAUUGAAGGUUUCGUCAAAAAUCCUUUGCCUGUAAGAACUGCUUACUGUUACAAAAAAAAACCCAGACAAAGCAAAAACAAGCCGUUUUAAUUUUCACAACUCCAAAUUAUUUACACUUGCUUGUGUUUUCAUGCUUAUUUUGUUACACAUUUGUACCUUUUUUGGAGCACGCUUUCCAUGUAUACUCGCCGCUUACAAAGUAACACGUUGCAGGCCAUCAUCGGAAAAACAGCCCAUUUUCCCCCCACCCACUUCAAUGGCCUCUGCUGUUGUGGCUCUGAAAUGCCUAUGGUCUUGUAGUUGUAGUGGUGAAGGAGUGUCUCUACUCCUGUAGAAGUAACGAAUUAGAUAGGCAUUACGCUUCAAGUUGCACUGAUAUGACUUGCAAUAAAGCGCUUUUUGUUUCA